AUGUCUAAGGUGGACAUGCAUUUCCCGACCUUCGAGCCUCCCCCUCAUCAGCGAAACCCUCGACGCCUACAAACAAGCAACUUCUCGGGCCCACUCCCUCUCUCCCUCUCCAACCUAACCCAGCUCCGCCAUCUCCAGCUCGGCGGCAACUUCUUCUCCGGAGAGAUCCCGGACUCCUACUCUCAGCUCUCGAGUCUCGUCUACUUGGGUCUCAACGGAAAUGCCCUGAGCGGAAAAAUCCCGCCGAGCUUGAGUAAGCUGGAGAAGCUAAAGGAGAUGUAUAUAGGCUACUUUAACACUUACGAUGGCGGCAUCCCGCCGGAGUUUGGGGCGCUGACGGCGCUCGAGAAGCUCGAUCUGGGUAGCUGCAAUCUCACCGGACCGAUUCCGCCGGAGCUCGGGAAUUUGGAACUGCUUAAUAGCCUGUUUCUUCAGUUCAAUAAUCUCACGGGGUCGAUUCCUGAUGAAUUGGGCGGGCUUCCGAGUUUGAAAUCUCUGGACCUCUCCGUCAACGAGCUGUCGGGGGAAAUACCCGAGACUUUUGCUGGGCUUCAGAGUCUCACCCUGCUCAAUCUCUUUCGGAAUCAUUUUAGAGGGAGCAUCCCUUCGUUUAUCGCCGAUUUGCCCAAUUUGGAAGUCUUGCAGAUUUGGGAGAACAAUUUUACGAUGGAGUUGCCGGCGAAUUUGGGGAGGAGUGGGAGGUUGAAGAAGCUCGACGUUACCACGAACAGGUUGACGGGUUUGGUUCCGUCGGAUCUCUGUGAAGGCGGGAAGUUGGAGAUAUUUGUUCUAAUGGAUAACGGGUUUUUCGGCCCGAUACCCGAUAAGCUUGGAGAGUGCAAGUCCCUUCAGCAUGUUAGGCUCGGUGAUAAUUUCUUGAAUGGGUCGAUUCCGGCUGGACUUCUGGAUUUGCCGCGGUUGCCGGCGGCUGAUAUGAUUGAAUUGAGCAAUAAUUUUUUCUCCGGCGAGUUGCCGCCGGUGAUAAGAGGCGAUAAGCUCGGUAUUCUCUCGUUGUCGAACAAUUUGAUUUCUGGUCCGAUUCCGAAGUCUAUAGGGAGUCUUCCGGUGCUGCAGACCUUGUCGCUGGAAUCAAAUCAGUUCUCCGGGGAAAUUCCGGCUGAGAUCGGUGGCAUGAAGCAGCUUGCGAAGCUCAAUUUGAGCGGGAACAAUCUCACAGGCGAAAUCCUGUCCGAACUGGUACAAUGCUCGUCGCUCGAAUCCGUUGAUCUCAGUUGCAACCAGCUGUCUGGUGAAAUCCCUGCCGACAUCACGCACCUUCAUAUUCUCGGCACGCUGAACUUAUCAAGAAACCAAUUCACCGGUGAAAUCCCGUCGGAGAUGCAGAGAAUGCAGAGCCUAACGACAAUCGAUCUCUCCUAUAACAAUUUGUCAGGCACAAUCCCGAUCCAAGGUCAGUUCCUCGUCUUCAACGCGAGCUCGUUCGAAGGCAACCCCGCCCUCUGCGGAGCUCAACUACACCAGUCGUCCCCCUGCAUCUCCUCUCACGCUCCCAAAAGCUCAAGAAACAACUCCGCUCACAAGAAUCUAACCCUGGCAAUCUUAAUACCGAUCCUCUUCUCAAUCCUCGCCCUCCUCGCCAUCAAGUUGCACCGCUCGUGGAGAUCAAAGUCAAACUCCAACACAUGGAAGCUCACCGCAUUCCAACGUUUAAACUUCACGGUCUCCGAUGUGAUCGAAAGCGUAAGGGAUGACAACGUGAUCGGAAAGGGCGGUGCGGGGAUCGUGUACCGCGGAAGCAUGCCGAGCGGGACCGACGUUGCAAUAAAACGUCUCGUCGGUCGCGGAGGCGGUGUCGAAGACCGAGGGUUCACUGCUGAGAUAACGACCCUCGGCAAAAUCAGGCACCGACACAUUGUGAAGCUACUAGGAUUUGUGUCAAAUAGGGACUCAAACUUGUUACUUUAUGAGUACAUGCCAAAUGGGAGUUUGGGGGAGAUGUUGCAUGGUAGCAAAGGGGCGCAUUUCUUCAAGUCCCGUGGAGUUGCAAGUGCAUUUUCUAAGUAUGCAUACACACUGAGCGUGAACGAGAAGACCGACGUAUACAGCUUUGGUGUCGUUCUCCUCGAACUCAUCACGGGUCGACGCCCUGUCGGCAGCUUUGGCGACGGCGUUGACAUUGUCCAGUGGGUCCGAAAGACCACCUCUGAGAUCAAUGAAAAAUCAGACCCGGCUGCUGCAGUGCUCGCGGUGGUAGACCGCCGCCUCUCACCAUCUCCUAUCGACACAAUCACCAACCUUUACAAAGUGGCAAUGCGAUGCGUCGAGGAGAAGAGCUCAGCACGGCCCACGAUGAGGGAGGUGGUCCAUAUGCUCUCCGAUCCGACAACAUCACCACCGCCGGAUCUUCUUGUUAUUUGA